AUGCCAGCCACAAUCUUCCCUACCUGGCCCCAUCUCGUCUUCGCGGUCUUCGAGCCCAUAACCCUGAUCGGCGGCUGGCUAGCUCCGAUAUUCGACCUGCAGGGAUUUGUCCUCGACCAAAUCCCCUCAUCUCCGGUGCCAAAAGAAUUAGAGAUCCACGCGACUUCCUUCGCUCUCGCCUAUCAGCUGGCGAACCUUUACGGGCUUAUGGCGCUGCUUGGUGCGGGUGUGUUCUACGCCACCUCGGAGCCGAACGUGCUGCGCAAUUACCUGGGUGCCCUGGCUAUUGCUGAUGUAGGGCACAUCUAUGUGACCUAUCUUGCUAUGGGGCCGGGGCUGUUUUUUGAUGUUGCCAAGUGGAAUGCGCUUACUUGGGGUAAUGUCGGGGUCACAGGUUUCCUAUUUGUGAAUCGGCUUUUGUACUUUCUGGGAGUCUUUGGGUAUGCUCAAGGUGUGCCCGUCGAGAAGCAAAAGAAGCGAGUUUGA